AUGUCAUCCUCCCCAACUCGGAAACGACCACGGUCUUCAGGCGACCAGACGGAUGGCCCAACAACUUCAUCCGUAGCGCGUCUCCGUGCUGCAUCUCGUCAAACUUACCUACGCUCACGCGAGGCUCAGCAACUCGCUCGUCUCGGUCAAGAACUCCAGGAUGAACGCGCGCUCUUUGGCGAGGAGCAGCUCUCUGCACGAGAGAAAGAGGACUUGCGGCGGAAGGAGGAGAGAUAUCGACUCGCUCAGGCCCGGGUUACACUCGGCACCGAGGUCGAGCGAAAUGAGUCUGAGAGGUACAAGCUCCCGGACAUCGACACCCCGCUUGGCGAAGAACGACCCAAGACAUGGGAGGACGAAAUAGCUAGAAAACGGUAUGAGUCACGCCCGGCACCAGGGGACGAGAUGGCGAGAACAGAUCAAACAGAGUGGGAAGCCCUGCAGAUCAAGAAAGGCAAAGCUGCUUUAGAAGCAGCGCGGGGGAACCAGUUGGAGCUGAACACUCUGGUCGGAAGGGAUGGCAAACCCCUUCCUGACGUUUCCAAGCUUUUGGCUGCCUCUAGAAGAUCCGAGGACGGCGCACGAGUCCACCGCGAAGCUGAAGAGAGGCGAAGGCGCAACAUGAUCAAUGAUCGACGUUCUCUACCUAUGUUUAAGCAUCGCGAAGCUUUAGUUGAUGCCAUCAAAAAGCAUCAGGUGCUUGUGGUCCAGAGUGAAACCGGAAGCGGAAAGACAACCCAAAUUCCCCAGUAUCUUGUCGAGGAAGGCUUUGGCCGAAUUGUGUGCACGCAGCCAAGACGUGUGGCAGCCAUGUCUGUCGCAGCCCGAGUAGCGGACGAGAUGAACGUGAAAUUGGGAUCGGAGGUUGGGUAUUCCAUUCGGUUCGAGGAUUGCACUUCUGACAAAACAGUCAUCAAGUAUGUCACAGACGGUAUGCUACUGCGGGAGUUUUUAUCGCAGCCUGACUUGAAAGACUACGAUGUGAUAAUUAUUGAUGAGGCUCACGAACGAUCAAUGAGCACGGACAUUGUCAUGGGCCUUGUGAAAGAUAUUGCUCGUUUUCGUGGUGACGAUGUCAGAGUGGUCAUUUCCUCAGCAACCUUGAACACUAAAAAGUUCUCGAAUUACUUCGAUGACGCCCCAGUAUACACAGUCCCCGGGCGCCGUUUUGAUGUUGACAUUCUAUACACAAAGGCUCCAGAAGCAGACUACGUAGACGCAUGUUGCGUAACAGUUCUUCAGAUUCACGCUAAAGAACCUAAAGGCGAUAUCCUCGUCUUUUUGACCGGACAGGAGGAAAUUGAAGCGGCAGAAGAGAUGUUGAAGGAGAGGACACGAGGGUCUGGGUCAAAGAUUGGAGAGCUGAUAAUAGCGCCAAUUUACGCAACUCUCCCCUCAGAAAUGCAAGCUAAGAUUUUCGAGCCCACUCCGGAGGGGGCACGGAAGGUUGUUCUUGCCACUAAUAUCGCAGAGACAUCAGUUACCAUUCCGGGUAUCGUUUAUGUCAUCGAUCCAGGGUUUUGUAAACAAAAUUCGUACAACCCUAAGACUGGCAUGGAAAGCUUGCUUGUUGUGCCAGUUUCACGAGCAGGAGCGAAGCAGAGGUCUGGUCGAGCAGGACGCACGCAGCCAGGGAAAUGCUUUCGAUUGUACACAAAGUGGUCAUUUCUGAAUGAAAUGGAUGAAGACACGGUUCCUGAGCUGCUUAGGACCAACCUGUGUCAGGUUGUUUUAUUGCUCCUUUCACUGGGCAUUGACAACUUGAUAGACUUUGACUUCUUGGAUGCCCCCCCUGCGGAGGCGUUGCUACGUUCUUUGGAACAACUUUAUGCGCUCGGUGCAUUAAAUGAAGAAGGAAAGCUAACCAAAGUCGGCAGGCGAAUGGCAGAGCUGCCACUGGACCCAAUGAUGGCCAAAGCUUUGCUCGCGAGUGAAGAGUACGGGUGCUCAGAAGAAGUCAUAAUCAUAUGUGCCAUGCUGAGCGUCAACAAUGCCAUUUUCUAUAGGCCAAAAGAUAAGAAGGUAAUAGCAGAUGCAGCACGAGCUGUCUUUUCAAGAGGCGGUGGUGGAGACCACAUGACUCUACUGAACUGUUUCGUUCAAUGGAGAGACUAUGGUUAUUCGCAUCAGUGGUGCCGAGAGAACUUCGUACAGGGCAGAACUAUGAAGAGAGCCAGAGACAUACGAGAUCAGCUUGACGGUUUAUUGGAUCGUGUUGAGAUUAAAAGAUCCUCAGUCGGCACCGGUAGUAAAGUUCCUAUCUUGAAGUCCUUCACAUCGGGAUUCUUCUACAAUGCUUGUCGCCUUCAGAAAAACGGAAACUAUCGAACGAUGAAGAAUCCACACACCAUCCAGCUGCACCCAUCUAGUUGCCUGGCAAGGUCUGAAAUACGUCCGAGAUGGCUCAUAUACCAUGAACUCGUCUUUACAUCAAAGGAAUACAUGAGACAGGUGUUCGACAUUGAGGGCCGCUGGCUCUUCGAGGUGGCUCCCCAUUUUUAUGGAGAGGAAGAUGUUGAAGAUACGUCCAAGCGGAAAAUGCCGAAAGUGGUUGGCAAAUCGGGAGGUCGCUCAUAA